AGCCCGAGCCAUUUUGGCUCCAGGCUGGUUCCAAGUAGGGCCAAACGUUUGGGGAGACUGACACGGGAUCUGUUAGAGGAUAUGCCGAAGAAGACCAAGCCUCCUAGCAUCAAGGCCAAGUUCGCCGAAUAUGACAAGGAUGGCAGUGGCAAGAUCAGCCUUGAUGAGUUCAAGGCGCUCCUCAAGCAAGGGGACCCAAACAUCUCGGAGUCGUCCGUGAUGACCGUCUGGAAGAAGGUCGACAAGGACGGCAGCGGGAGCAUCAGCUCCAGCGAGCUCGCAGACUACCUGAGCAGCGGCGACAAAACGGAUUUCAAGCACCCGGGCAUGUCCCCGGCGUGCAAGACGUUCUGCGACGUCUUCUCGAGCCUGACGCUGCAGAGCGAGGCCGGGAAGGAGGCCCGCGCUCACGCCUUCACGGCCUGCGACCCCAAUGGCAACGGUUACGUGUCCCUUGCCGAGGUGGACGGGUGGAUUCAGAAGGUCUUGAUAACCUACUUCGCGCAGGGCGAAUGCGACGGAGAUCCCAAGGAGGAGGGGGUGCGCAUCUGGAAGUGCUUCCGAGCUUCCUACAUCCGCGCUCACACAGAUGCGAAGGACGUGGCAGAGGGGAAGACAUCUCACAGCGACGACUACGUGACAGCGAAGGAGUUCCGCGUCCUCUGCGUCUACCUCAUCUUGUACGCGGCGAUGUACGACGCCUUCUGCCUCAUCGACGGCGGUGGUGGUACCGUCGAGGACAAGACUGACGAUGAUCGCAGGAUGACGGCGGAGGAGUGGGCGGCGGGCUACAAGAAGGUUGGGGACCAUGGCUUCAUCGGCCUCAAGAAGGCGGCCGCGAUGGAUGCCGCGGGCGCGGCGGAAGUAUUCAAGAAGAUGAACAGCGGCAGGGACGCGGACGGCAAGGAGUACGGAAACGACAACGUCGUGAUGCUGGCCGAGUUCUGCGCGUACGUCGAGGCGGAAGAGAUCGCCGCGGGGACGGAGUGGGGUAAAGUCUUGGGCCUGUGAGGCAGCCCAGAUGCAAGGGUCUGAGUGGUGCCGCUGCGCCCUUCUCUUUCCUCUCUGGCACCUGACUGAGCCAGUCCGCUUCCCAUGAUUUGAAGAGGCGAUCAGCGCGCUUAAUGCAGCGCGCGUUCCACGGCUCUACGCUUGCGGAUCGGCGCAGCCCGUUUGGAUGUGUGCCCCUCCCCCCCGCACGAUGCAGCCCGCGUGGAUAUCUGCGCCUCCGAAAGUAUCGAUCAGAUGAUGAAAUAUCGCUUCAGCCAUGGUUUAGCACAACAGUCAAGCGUUGCGUACCAAGCCACGGUCCAAUCAAAGCAGACCUCAUUGCGUUGAACAGGCAGCCCCGAGGCGAGGGACCGAGGGCCGACG